UUAAGUGUGUAAACACGGGAGUCUGAAUAUCCUGGCUUGACAAACAAUUUGUAUUUGUGGUCGAAAGAAUCAAUCCUUUGUACCAAUAGAUAAGAAAAAAAAAUAAUUCAAAUGCCUCUAAAUCUCUGUCCCACGUGUUUUUUUUAAUUAUUCAGGUCGAUAAAAUUGUUCUAUUCUGUGCGGUCCACAACGCGAAAACUCUUAAUUUGCUUCUUUCAGUCUAUUGUUACAAUUUUUUCUCUAUUCUCACUUAGAAGUAAAUUUGUUUUUUAUUCCCUUCCAGUAACCUCCUGGGCCGAUUUUCUGCACCAUUCUUCGUGUUCUUACCGUCAAUGUUGGGGGCCUGUACGUGUAUGUGGCUUCCGCCAUCAAUAGUUCGGGCCCAAGGAAUUGGCCUCUUUAACAUGUACAUUGAAUUUCUCAUCAAACGAACACGUGGCCACACGAUGGAGGCUUUGCGGAACUCCCGAAUUGUUGGGACAUUACUGUUCUGUGCGUUUAGCGCAGCGAUGAUGCCUGCCCUCCAGUACUUACAGGUUGGCCGAGUUUGGUUCGCUACGAUCCAUAGAGACGCUGCAAUAGACCUGAACAGCACAUCAACGGAAAACGGAAAAAGACUCUGUCGACAUCACCCAGCUCAAAGCUGUGGACAACACAUUGCCGAACAGGUCAUGAAAUCUUUUUACUUCGGAUUAGCGAUCUGCCUGCUAAAAAAUGCGCUACCGCGAAUCACAUUAGCCGUCAAACAUCCGAUGAGCUUCCUGAAAAUCAUUGUUUCAAGAUUCGAUUACGGUUUGAUAGGAUUCUUUGUUAUUUACAAGGCUCUGUAUGAAGUAUUUAAUUGUUUUCUAAUAAAAAAUAGUCGUUGCAGCCCACUAGCACGGUCCAUGGUAACAGGUUUCAUCAGUGGAAUGUCAUACUGCUUGUACCCAAACUAUCUCCUAUUCACCUACCCAAUCACGGAAUUGAUCGAGGUGUACUGGAUGGUCUACAUGAAAUCCGGGCUGCCUAAACCGACUGUGGCAGAGACGAUUGAUCGAAUACCGACCGCCUUGUUGAUGUACGCCUUCAGUCUUGGAAUGAUGUACCACCUGAGGGUGGUCUACCCGUAUUACACCAACCGUUACUGCCAUAAGCUGAUGGAUAUUGGAACCAUGGGCCGGUCGAAAACGCUCGCUCGGGGUUAUGCUGAAAUUAUGAUGGGAUACCAAAACUAAAACGGCCACAAUAGAUAGAGGAGGGUGGUCCUGAAACGCUGCGAUUUUAAACCAUUCGGAGCGGUUUAAAGUGAUUUCUACGGUCCCUUAGCAACGUAUUUUGAAAAAAUAGAAUUCUUGUAUCUCUGAAACUUGUGGUCCUUAGUCGAUACCCAGUUUUUUAACACUUGAUAUCAGAAAAAUAGCAAUUUGAGCAGGUUUAGGGAAGAAAUAUACACAUUGACAUUAUUUUUAUUGAAAAGCAAUGUGUAAAAUGAUAAUUAUAUGGUAAUAAAUCCCUAAUAAUUAUACGUUGUUAA